AGGUAAGAUGUCAGAUUACAAAAACGUUGUUGCUGGGAAGUUAAGACUAAAGGGCAAAGCUCUAGAUGUGAAAUCUAACAGGAUGAAAAAGAAAAAGAAACACAAGCAUCAGUAUGAUCUUGUGACUCAAGUGACAGGUGGAAACAACACAUUGACAACAAACCAACUUGAGGAUGAUAUAGACGGUAGUUAUCUUGACGACAGAGGGAGGAAAGAACAAGUAACCAAGAAUGACGAUCAUCUAACACUAGCAGAGAGAAAAUACCUCGAGCAGUGGGAGAAACUAAACAUCAAACGACUGGCAAAAGAAGCCAAGAAAUCCCACCGCGAUAGAAUUCAAGAAUUUAAUCGAUACCUAGCUAAUCUUACUGAGCAUUAUGACAUUCCUAAAGUUGGUCCUGGUUAAGAUGAAGCAGUCUUUGGUAACUCCAUUUUUUUCCUGUCAUUUUGUGCAUGCUAUGGAUUGUUUGAGUCUUGAAUUCAAAUCGAUUCGUACUGUAGCUGAAAACUGCUGCUUGUUUCUUAGACUC